AUGACAUCUUUAAACAGCAAUGGCGAAACAGGUCAGAGUCAUUGGCAUAAGGAUUAUCGAGCAGUACUAAAGAACAGCCAAAGCUUCUGGAAGUUCACAUUAGUGACAUAUAACGAUAAGCUCUUGCUACUGCUGACAAGUACCGUGCUAAUAUCGCUGGUCAUUGCACUAUACCAAGAAUUGUCCAAAAAACACUCAGUCGGCGAUACGUCGAGAGGGUUGAUUCAGAGCGUGACAAUCCUCGUGGCCAUUUCUAUCGUAGUUCUCGUUGGGUCUCUCAACGACUGGCAGAAGGAUCAACAGUUUUCGAGGCUCAAUCGGAGGAUGGCCAGUGAAGUCCUGCACCUGGAGCCAGAAGAUGUGGUCCCCACUGACGGGACGACAGGCAAGGCAGGGCUCGUCUCAAAAGAGCCAGCAGAGAAAGCCUCUGCGGACAUCAAGGCAGGAAAGUUUACAACAGAACCAUCCUCAUUCGUUCGUGCGAGCAGUUGCGACACGGCGGAAGAGGGCACUCUUCUCUGCAGAAGGACGGGAGCCCUCAUCCCGCUUCAUGAGCAAGUCGAACUUACACCCCUCCAGUCGAAGCUGAAUCGAAUUGCCGAAAGGCUUGCUAUGUUCGGUGGCGUAGCUGGCCUGACUCUUCUCGUCAUCUUGCUUGUCAUUUUCUGCACCAAACUUCCACAAAACACGACCACAGCAUCUGCAAAAGCUCGAGAGGUCUUGGACAUGUUUAUUAUUGUCGUUGCAUUCAUCAUCGUUAUAGUCCCGGAAGGGCUGCCGUUGGCGCUCACGCUUGCUGUCGCAUCCGUUACCACGCGGAUUCAGAGAAGUAACAACCUUAUUCCUCACCGGAAGGCAUGCGAAGUUAUAGGAAAUGCCACGUCAAUUUGCGUCAACAUGACUGGUACGCUUACUCAAAACGGCAUCGUGGUAGCUGCCGCCGUCGGCACUCGGCGUCACUUACACUGCACCCAAAGCGCAAGUACUGAGAGGUUAGCCCAUGCGGAAUUUAUUGCAGGACUUGCCAAGGAUAGUCGAAAUUUAUUAUUCGAGGCUAUUUCGCUCAGCUCGACCGCGUUAGAGGGCGACAAAGAUGGGGUCUCUACCUUUAUCGGAUCAAAGACUGAAACGGCACUCCUCAAGUCCGCACGAAGUUUUCUCGCCAUGGAAUCCCUCAGCAAAGACCACACCAAUGUCGAGAUUCUGCAAACAUCUUUAGAGCCCAAUCGGGAUUGCAUUGGUGUGGUCGUCCAGCUCGAAAACGGGAACGCACGUCUGUACGCGCAGGGCGCGCCAGAGACUCUUCUCGCCAAAUGCAAAAUGUUCCUUAAGCGCCCGGACACAGAUAUCAGCAGCGACCCCCUCGCCAGCGACGGUAAGCCCAUCAUGGCACUGAUUGAGGAAUAUGCCUCACAACCUUUGACAUCCAUUGGCUUUGCUUACCGCGACUUUGCUGAGUGGCCUCUGCAAGGAGCCCGACACAGUAAGCAUAACAACAAGGGUGCUCUAUUCGAGGAUUUAUUUGACAACAUGUGCUUUAUUGGACUUGUUGGAAUUAAGCAUGCCUUGCGACCAGGCGUCCCCGAAGCUGUCAGAGAGUACCAACGAGCGGGCGUCUUCGUGCGCAUGGUGACUGGAGACAACACCCCGACGGCUCGCGCUAUUGCUAACGAGUGUGGUAUUCUUCGCGAUGAGGGCACCAUCAUGGAAGGUUCAGAGUUCCGGAAGCUUAUUCAAGACCAUCAGAACAAAAUCCCCCGCCUGCAGGUCCUCGCAUGUUCGACACCCGACGACGAGGUGCUCCUGGUUCAGCGCCUCAAAGCCCUUGGUGAGAUUGUUGCCGUCAUCGGUGAUGGAACCAAUAAUGCGCCUGCGCUGAAACAGGCGGACGUUGCUCUCUCCAUUGGUAAUACCGACACGGACGUUGCGAAGGGCGCUUCAGCCAUUAUUGAGGUUGAAAGUUUUCCAAGCACUGUCAAGGCUUUGAGGUGGGGUCGAGCAAUCAAUGACGCGGUCAAGCGAUUCCUCCAGUUCCAACUCACCAUCACUAUCACUGUCGCCGUCCUCGUGUUUUUCACUGCUGUAGCUAGCGCUCACCAGGAGUCUUUAUUCACCGCCGUGCAACUGCUCUGGGUUAACCUGAUCAUGGACACGCUCGCCGCUCUUGCCCUGGUGACAGGCCCUCCCGAGAAUACUAUGCCUGAUUCUACAGCUAACAGCAGGGGAUCUGGAAUUAUUUCUUCAGCCAUGUGGAAGAUGAUAAUCGGCCAAGCUCUCUAUCAACUCGCUGUAACAUUCGGGCUCGAAUACAUGGCAACACGGCUUGUGGAAGCUGAAGAACAGAGAUAUAUGCGUGCUCUUGUGUUCAACACUUUCGUCUGGAUGCAAAUCUUUAAUUUGUGGAACAACCGGCGAUCGGAUAAUAAACUCAAUAUUUUCGAGGGUCUAACAAGGCACUGGUUCUUUAUUGUCAUCAGCCUUAUUUUAGGCGGUGCUCAGGUUCUUAUUAUCUCCUUCGGUGGCACUCCCUUUUCCAUUCCAACCAUAACCCCGAAGGGCCGGCCGCCUCAAAGUAGUCUACAGUGGGGCAUUGCUGUCGGCUUUGGUCUGGUCUCCAUCCCCGUGGGCAUCGUCAUACGUUGUUUCCCUGACAAACUCAUAUUAAAAUGUGUCCCACGAUUCCUAAAGGUCAGGCGUUAUACGGUCGAUCGUUCCCAGGAUUUUGACGACGAAAUUUCCAGUAGCUCCGCUGAAAACUCUGCUUCUGUGAAGAAUGAUCUGGGAUUCCUAAAAAAGUUCAAAGGCGGUCGUGUCGUCAACUUGAAGUUCGCC